UGCGAAUCUGCCAAUCUCCACCACCAAUGAUCACGGGGCAGAAUUUGACCGAAGAUGAUGAAUUUGAAAUAGGAGACCUCAUAAGAUUCCAUUGUUUGCCAGGAUUCACACUAAUUGGAAAUGAGAUUCUUACCUGUCGACUGGGGGAACGUUUACAAAUGGAUGCUGCGCCUCCCUCUUGUGAAGUGCUAUGUCCUGUCAAUGAAGUGAGAACAGAUUCCACAGGUGUUAUACUGAGCCCUGGAUACCCCGACAGCUACCCGAACUUCCAGACAUGUGCUUGGAGCAUUAUUGUGGAAAAGGGUUACAACAUUACUUUGUUCUUUGAGUUCUUCCAGACGGAGAAAGAAUUUGAUGAGCUGGAGGUUUUUGAUGGUCCAAACAGCCAUAGUCCAUUGCUGAAUUCCUUCAGUGGAGACUACUCUGCCCCUUUCAAUGUCACUAGUAGCGGCCACCAACUUUUCCUCCGCUGGUCUGCUGAUCACGGUACCAACAAAAAAGGCUUCCGCAUCCGAUAUGUUGCCUUUUACUGCAGCACUCCAGAGUCACCGCCCCAUGGUAUCAUACUCAGCCAAACAGGAGGGCAACUCAACAAUAUUGUUCGAUGGGCAUGUGAACCAGGCUACAGACUUAUUGGGAACAGCACUGCCACAUGCAGGAAAGCACCAUAUGGAUUUUACUCUUGGAAUGUGGCCGUUCCUGCUUGUCAAGGUAAACAUAUUCAAUUCAUGAUUUCUGGUUGUUACACUUAUUAAAAUAGGGCAAGAACAUCUAGUGUUGUCAUUUCCUCCAACUCACAAUCUCUAGUUCUCACAAAAAAGCUGGAGAAACUCAGCGGGUGUAGCAGCAUCUAUGGAGCGAAGGAAAUAGGCAACGUUUCGGGCCAAAACCCUUCUUCAGACUGAUGGCGGGGAGAAGAAAGGAAAAAGGAGGAGGAGCCCGAGGGCUGAGGGAUGGGAGGAGACAGCCCGAGGGCUGAGGAAGGGGAGGAGACAGCAAGGGCUAACAAAAUUGGGAGAAUUCAAUGUUCAUGCCCGCAGGAUGCAGACUCCCCAAGUGGAAUAUGAGGUGCUGUUCCUCCAAUUUCCGGUGUUGCUCGCUCUGGCCAUGGAGCAGACCCAGGACAGAGAGGUCGGAUGGGGAAUGGGAGGGGGAGUUGAAGUGUUGAGCCACUGGGAGGUCAGGUUGGUUAUUGCGGACCGAGCGGAGGUGUUCGGCGAAGC